GAAGGCAGCGUGUGACAGAUGUACUCCUCUGACAGCUCUCGGUAUCAGCCCAGUGGCUUCCUGCCAUUGGCUCAGUGCAAUGGACCGGCAACGCCGCACACUAUAAUAACACUAAUGCCUGCGAGAGGCAGCAACUCAGACUCCUUCCGCAAAGCCGAGGAGAUGCUGCUGCUGCUGCUGCUGCUCUCGCUGCCACAGCUCAGGCUGCUCCUCUCCCUUCCGUCUGUGCUGCACUGAGACACAAGCUGAGGCUGAGUCCAGCAACCUUCCUCAGCAACCCUUGUGCGCCCCUUACCACAGCCUCUCCUCCCAAUCUUGGAUUCCCCUCCCUCCUCCUCUUCCAGUCAUUCCUCAAAGAAAAUUCAAAAAGGAAACAAAAAGAAAGAGAAAAAAAAAGGAGGAGGGGGAGGGGGCAUCUAACCUCGCUCAGCAGAGCUGGGGAAAGAGGAGUUGAGUGUCAGAGUGUCAGCCCUUCCUUCCAGGAGCAGGGAUUGUGUAUAUGUGUGUGUGUGUCCAGUGUGUUUUGGCUGCACUUGGUGCCCACUGCCACCUUCAUCCAGUUCCGUGUGUGUGAGCUGCUGCUGCGGGCGCGGAGGUGCAUGGAAGCAGCGGCUGCGGUGGUGGAGGAGGCGGCGGCUGCUCCAUGGAGUGUUACUACAUUGUCAUCAGCUCCACGCAUCUCAGCAAUGGGCACUUUCGCAACAUCAAGGGAGUUUUCCGAGGUCCCCUCAGCAAGAACGGGAACAAAACUCUGGAUUAUGCUGAGAAGGAGAACACAAUAGCAAAGGCUCUGGAAGACCUAAAGGCCAAUUUCUACUGUGAACUCUGUGACAAACAAUAUUACAAACAUCAAGAGUUUGACAAUCAUAUUAAUUCAUAUGACCAUGCUCACAAGCAGAGGCUCAAGGAAUUAAAACAAAGAGAAUUUGCUCGAAAUAUAGCAUCUAAAUCCAGGAAAGAUGAAAGAAAACAGGAAAAGGCUCUUCAACGACUACACAAGCUGGCUGAGCUACGGAAGAAAGCCACGUGUGCUCCUGGGAGUGGUCCUAUGUUCAGGUCAACCACUGUUACAGUGAGAGAGAAUUUUAAUGAAAUUUCACGAAGAGAUGUGGUAGAUUCAGUAAAUAAAGAGGAAGAAUUCAAGGAUACUAUGAUUCACAGUUAUCAGAAUGUUAAAGAUGCUGAUGCUGUUGCUUCAGCUCCAGAAAGUUCAAAUAAUCAAGCAAAACCCAACAAUCUUGGAGACCAAGCUCCAGGAGUCCAUGGGCAGAAAGUUGGAUUUUCUUUUGCCUUUCCAAAGAAAGCAUCAGUGAAGCUGGAAUCUUCAGCUGCAGCUUUCUCUGAAUACAAUGAUGAUGCUUCUACAGAAAAUGGUUUUAACAGAAAAAGUAGAUUUGUCCCUGGAAUUUGUCACCGUCUAUUGUCUUUACCAACAGAAGUAGUUUUGAAUCCUGAAGAGAAGCCAAAUUCAUUUCAUCCUCUUGGGGAGAUGUACUCUGAAAAAGAAGAAACUCCUGAAACUAUAGAGACAAAAGAAGCUGUGAAUAAAGAUGAUACUUUAUUAGUGCUCCCUUUUUGCCAGCCCAAACUACCAUUGUCAGCUGAUUCUGAGGGCAACAUAAAUCCAACUGUCUUAACAGAUCAGACAAAACCCAAAGAUGUCAUUACUAAUCAAGACACAUCUGUAGACUCUAAUGGAUCUGAACUAUUAGGAAAUAAAUCAACAGCUAUUUCGAUUGAUAAUGAAUGUUUGUCUUUACCCACUACCCAAGAGGAAAAUUCUAAGAAUCUUUGCAGCAAUUCAUCCCUUAAUGAAUCUGAAGGUAAAACACUGGCACCUGAAAUUUUGGUCCCUCCAAAUAUUGAUGGGGAUAGCACAACUCUGCAGAAUAGAGAGGACAUAUGUAGAAGACCACAGGAGCCUUUUGUGCCUGUGCUUAGUAAGUAUGGAUCAACAGUUCUUCAAUGGCCAUCUGAAAUGUUGAUUUAUACAAGUACUAAACCAUCAGUUUCUUAUAGUUGUAAUCCUCUAUGCUUUGACUUUAAGUCUACUCGAUCAAGAAACAGUCUUGAAAAAAAUAAACAUAAUUUAAAUGUUCUUCAUUCUCAGCAAAUGACUGAAGAUUCUUGCAGGAGUCCAGAUAUAAAUUGCAAGGAUGAUUCCAUUGCAGAGGCCAAUGGUUAUGAAAUUAGAAGUAGCAGAAAUGAGUAUAGCCAUGCCAUAUCACUUAUAACUGAUAAUUAUACCAAAGGCUAUGAUUUUGGAAAGAGCAAGGAGGAUAUAGGCACAAAGCUUGAAGAUGAUCCAUAUAGGAUUGGAAAACCAGAUAAAUUCAUCUCCACCAAAAAACAAGUAAGGGAAGACACUAUGGAUGAGAAACACAAUAAAACACGGUUAAAAGAAACUCAUGAAAACUGGUUUUACAGAAGUAGAAAAAAGAAAAGAAGAAGAAAGUUAUGUCAGCAUCAUUAUGGGGAAGUAACCAAAGAAGAGUCAGAUGCUUCUUUCAAAAUGGAACCAGAGACUAAUCACAUUGAUGCAGCAAAGAACCAUGAGUUGGAAGCAAUUUCAGAAAAAGAUAGUGAUGAAUGUGAAAAUACCUGGUUAACUAAAAAGCACUUAGAGGAACCACAUGAAUUACCUGACAAAAGGCCUAAAUCAGUGCCCAUCUACCUACACAAGAAAGAAAGAAUGUGUAAGAUCUGGAAUACAAAGCAGAACAGUGGUGAAACUGUCAGUUCUAAAAAUUUCCAUGAAAGUGCAAAACUAUUUUACAUGGGCCAACAAAAAAUGUUGUUCAAUUCUGGAAAACAUAACCUAACAUACUCCAGAACAUUUUGUAAUUGGAAAAUCAGAACAUCUAGCUGUAGUGUGGACCAUAAUUGUUUAGUACACCAAAAUGAGGUGAAAUGCCUGGGUCAGAACCCAUCCAUCAAAAGAGGGUACAAUUCACUUAUUAAUGAACCUGAAAGAUCUUAUCGAAAAAAGAGACAGUAUACAAACUCUUGCUCAUCAGAUGAAAGCUUAUAUAGACAGAGUUGUUUAGCUGAACAUCAUUUGAAACCAAGAAGGACUUUGGCUAAACCCUACAAGCCUAAGAAGAAAAGAAGGAGGAAAAGAACUAGACUUCGUUCUGGAUUUAGAGACCAGGAGCUAAGAAGGAAAUUGAGUUAUAGCUGUUUGAAAGAAAUCUCGUUAAAUAACCUGGGUGAGUUAAUGACCCAGGAGGACACAAAAGAAGCAAAACCACAACCUAUCAUUGACUUUGCAAGAACUACAGAACAAAUAGAGACAGAGCAGAACAAGCUAACUUUGAACUCCUCUGGUUUCAUUCCUCCAGAAAUUAACAGAGAAAUUGAGUAUAUACAAAUGGAGAAUAUUCCAGAUAAAUUUCCAGAAGCUUUCAAACAUUCUCCUCACUCUAUGUUUGAACUCAAACAUUCUCCAGACUCUGUGUUUGAAUCUAAUGCCCUAUCAAAGGUACCAAGUGAGAACAUGAUGGAGCAAAAAGAAAAACAUGAAAGUGAAAACCUUCCUCCUUUGAAGCUGCCUAACAUUGAAAGGAGUUUUGGUCCAUCUCCACCUAAAUCCUAUCUUUGCCAUUAUGAACUUGCUGAAGCUCUCCCCCAAGAAAAGAUGAAUGAAGCAGCAAGUGAAUGGCUUAGGUAUAAUUCAGGAAUCCUUAACAGCCAACCACCAUUACCAUUUAAAGAAGCACAUAUAAAUGGUCAUACCUUUUUAACUACAGAACAGAUCCUUGCUCCAUUAGCUUUGCCAGAUCAGACAUUACUGUUCCCCUUAGAAAACCAUGAAAAAUUCAAAGAUCUGCCAUGUGAGGCCUACCAACACAUCAUGCCCCCAACCCUGCUGCCUACCAAGGUCAAGUUGACCUUUGCUCCACCUACCUCAGCAGCUAGCCCUCCUUUGCAGCCUUUGCCUUUGCAGCAGCCCCUAUGUUCUACCUCGGUAACUACUAUCCACCACACAGUUCUGCAGCAACAUGCUGCUGCUGCUGCAGCUGCAGCUGCUGCUGCUGCUGCUGCAGGAACCUUCAAAGUACUCCAGCCCCACCAACAGUUUCUCUCCCAAGUUCCAACUCUCACCAGAACACCUUUACCUCAGAUUUCAGUAGGACCCAGACUUUGCCCUGCGGGUCACACAACUUUUGUUGCACCUCCUCAGCUGCCUAUCAUUCCAUCUUCAGUUCUUCAUCCCAGCCAUCUGGCUUUUCCCCCUCUACCCCAUGCCCUUUUUCCUUCUCUGCUUUCACCCCACCCCACUGUCAUUCCUCUCCAACCUCUCUUUUAAUCACCAAUCAGAAGGGGGAAAGGGAAUAUCCAAGUGAAAGCUACUGCUAUGUAUGCAAGUGCUCAUUUCAUUUGAAAACUGGAUCUGUAAAUGGUGGAAAUCAACAGGCCUAAAUAAGGCCUCAUUAAUUUGAAAUCAUUUACUAUAAGUUAAUGAUGCAAAUGUAUCCUUAACGUUCUUACCCAUGAUAUAAUUAAUGCACUAAAUAGUGGCAAACUAAUAUGAGUUAUAUACUGUAUAUUAAACUGUCUUAGAUGAUGUAUAAUGUACAUAAAAUAUAUUUAUAGUACUGUAAUUUAUGUUGUAAAGUACGCCCUUUUGUUUUUUAAUCUUUGUGUACUUGCAUCUAUUUAAUGUUUAGAAAGCGGAUGCACUAUGUUUUGUACUAUGUUCUUUGAAACUGUAAAUCCAGUGAUGAAAUAUCUCUUGCAAUAAAUUUUUGUUAAC